UGCAGGUAGCUGCCUGGAGGUAUUGGAAGCAGGGAAGCCUUUACUGGUGGUUGUAAAUGACAAGCUGAUGAACAAUCAUCAGCUGGAGUUGGCAAGGCAGCUGCACAGGGACGGACAUCUCUUUUACUGCACGUGCAGAACUCUCAUCCAGACUCUGCAAUCAAUGGACUUGUCGACCCUGAAGCCUUUCCCACCUGGACAGCCAGAAAAAUUCGCUGCGUUCUUGGACAAAGUCGUUGGGAUUAUCACCCAGGAGGACUACUUUGGCAGCCUGGCGGCAGAGCUGGCCGUCUCCCUGGUCAACCUGGAAGCAGGCAUCCAGGAGAAGUCCAGGGAGGUCAUCGGCCAGCUCCUGCACAUCAUCCUCUGCCAGCAGGGUGAGUCAGCUGGGAAGGAGGAGUCCAGCAUCCCUCCCGUUAUAGCUGGUCAUCUCCUCUCAGACCCCCAUCAAUCAACAACCUCUGGGGGCCGGAGGCACCACACCGCCUUUCUAAGAGCGGGUAUUGAAGCCUGCAGGGCCCUGGGGAGGGGAAGGAGCAGGACUCUGCCCUUCCCCAUGGACAAGGUGGUGGAGCAGAUCAAGGACAUCAUGAUGGACUCCUUUUUUGGGGUCAAGCCCCAAUUUGUUGUGGCCAUGAGGGCCAUGGAGGAGCUGAGCAUAUUCCAGCCGCUGCUCAGUCCGGAGCUGAGGACCUCCACCGUGGCCUGGGCUCUGGGGCUGGUCCUCAGCGGGAGCCCAGGCCACGAGGACCCCAACAGCCAGGCUCUGUGGCAGCAAGGAGAGGAGGACCUCCGCCGGAUGCUCCUAGCUCUGCUAAAGGAGGAUCCAUUGGCAGGCCACUUGGUCACCCUGCUUGAUGUCAUCCAGGAGGACUACUUUGGCAGCCUGGCGGCGAAGCUGGCUGUCUCCCUGGCCGACCCGGAAGCUGCCAUCUGGGAGAAGGCCAGGGAGGUCAUCGGCCAGCUCCUGCACAUCCUCCUUCGCCAGCAGGGUGUCAGCUGGGCAGGAGGAGUCCAGCAUCCCUCCGCUGUAGCCGGUCAUCUCCUCCCACCCGAGACACCCACAGUGGAUUCAGCUGCCUUUCCUGGUGCUCUCCCCGCUGGUUCCCAUGGCCCCAGCCCUCCUCCGGUGCGUAAGGUGGAGGGAGGCCCAGCAGAGCAAGGACAGACCCCCUCAGGAGUGUCCGAGUCAGGCCUGAAGAAGAAGAGGCCCACCAUCGCAUGGGAGGAGGACCCCGAGCAUCCCUGGAGGGAGGGCUACCUGCACCUCACCUGCGUGGCUGAGGUGUUCCGGGGGCACCUCAGCCAAGGGCAGAGGCUCUCCUUCCAGCGGGCAGCUCUGGAGGACGCCUUGAGCCUGGCCAUGCCGUGGGUGUUCCGGGGGCACCUCAGCCAGGGGCAGAGGCUCUCCUUCCAGCGGGCGGCUCUGGAGGACGCCUUGAGCCUGGCCAUGCCGUGGGUGAGGGAGGGAGGCCUCAUCCUCCUCUACACCCACCUGGGCCAGGCUCAUGGACUGCUGGAGGAGGAGGAGGUUGAAGAUCUGCGGCGAAGCCUCUCUGCCCUCCUCUAUAAUCUUUGGAGGGGCAGGGAGGUGCCUGCGGAUAUCGGGGCACUCCUGCCAAGCACAGCUUCCGAGAGGACACUGAGGCAGGGCUGGAAGUUCGGCCCCCGAGCGAUCCCCGUGGGGCUUGGCUGCAGCCACUUUCAGCUCCACUCUUCUUCUUCUUCAGAGCCCCCUUUGGAAGGGGGACUGGCCCACGCUCUCGAGGCGCUGGCCGGGUGGCGGCGGCAGCGGCGGCUCCUUCUGGGCCAGGCCGAGCAGGGGGGUCUUUUCUCUCUCUCUCUUCCCCUCCCUCCCUCCCCCACGAUGCAGAAAGGCUGGAAGAAGUACUUUGGGCAGAAGUCCCUGAGCGAGGUGACCAUGGACGAGUACCUGGGCAGCCUGGGGCUCUACCGCAAGCUCACGGCCAAAGACGCCUCGUGCCUCUUUCGGGCCGUGUCCGAGCAGGUAUAUGCUUGCCAGAUCCAUCAUAUGGCAGUCAGGCAAGCUUGUGUUUCCUUCCUGAGAAAAAACCAAUCUAACUUUGAAUCUUAUGUGGAAGGGUCCUUUGAAAAAUACCUGGAACGGCUUGGAGACCCCAAGGAAAGUGCUGGACUUCUAGAAAUCAGAGCCUUCUCGCUGAUCUAUAAUCGAGACUUCAUUCUCUAUCGACACCCUGGAAAGCCACCUUCCUAUGCUACAGACAACGGUUUUGAAGAUAAGAUUCUGCUGUGUUGUUCCAGUAAUGGCCAUUAUGAUUCCGUGUACACCAAACAGUUUCAGGCAAAUGCUGCAAUUUGCCAGGCUGUGCUGUAUGACAUCCUGUACAAAAACGUGUUCCAUGUGCCUGAAGAGGAAUUGAGGACUGCAGUCGAAAUGUUUCGAAGCGGGGCCAAGAAAAACAGAAAUAGUGCAUCUGUUGGAAGUGAAGACGCCAGUUUCGACUGCUUUCUGGAGAGAUCAAACAAGAAUUUUUCAGAAAAGAGGGUGGAAGACUGGGAAAACUAUGAACUGGCUACCCUGCCAGCAGACAAAUGCAAACAAGGCGCUGAAGAAGCAAAGCCUUGUGAAAACCCAAAGAUGCCCUUUCCUUAUAAGGUGUUGAAAGCACUGGACCCCGAGAUCUACCGGAACAUAGAAUUUGAUGUGUGGUUAGACAGCAGAAAAGAACUGCAAAAAACAGAUUAUUUGGUGUUCGCUGGAAGACAGUAUUACUUAGGCGACAAGUGUCAGGUACGCCUAGAGACUGGGGGGAAAUAUUACAAUGCCCACAUACAGGAUGUUGGGCAGGAUACUAUGGUGACGGUCUUCAUUGAGGAGCUGGCGGAGAAGCAUGUCGUUCCGUUGGUGAAUUUGAAGCCUGUGACGCAGGUCACCCCAGUUCCUGCAUGGAAUGUGGUCCCUAGUCGGAAAGGAGGAAACUAUCAGAAAAUAUCCGGUGGGUCCAUACUGGAAGAAAGAUUGUGUGUUAGAAAUAUGGAUAUAAAAUCCCGGAAGAAGCUGUUUAAAAAAGUCCGUGGGAAAGAAGUUUUCAUGACCGUGGCGUACAGCAGGGGUCAGCCCGUCCUUCCUCCCCGCCUACAUCAUGGCAUUCCAUCGGGACGAUCGACGCCAAUUCAUUGCUCUCAAAAUGGAGGGCAUAUGGCUCCUUAUGAAAGUUACCAUCCUCAGAAUUCCCAGAGGUCCGGCAGGGGGUAUGGAAUGCCCAGGGGAGCAGACCGGUUUAUAAACAGAAGCAACAUGGUCGGGCCAGAAAUGGCAUAUGGUAGUCCAGGCAAGAGAUAUUAUCACAGCUACGAUAAUUUCUCUUACAGAUCUCGGUCAUACAGCCGCAGUCGCAGGCAGAUGCAGUGUUUAAACAAAGAAUGCCAGUACGGGUUUGCGGCUGAGAAUGGUGAGGAACCUCAAGGCUUGGAAGAAACCAUCACCUUCUAUGAAAUUGAAGAAGGGGAUGACACGACUUUUCCUGCUCCGCCUAGUCAGGGUAACCCGCCUCCCAUAGUUCCUGAUCCUGCUGGAUUCUGGGUAGCCACAAGGGGUCCAGCUCCCAUCCCGUCUAACAAGCCGGCUCUAAAUUCCUCCGAGGAAGAAGUGGACGAGCCCAGCGAUAAUGUUGUGAUUUCUUCGGUGCCGUACCCGUAUCAGUCGGGCCCCCUUCCUCCCGCCAGCGAUGUGGGGGACAGUGGAGGUGUUACUCCUCCUUACUCCUGUGACCCUAGCGGUUGUGACCUUCCUAGAGAUCCAAAGAUCGUGCAGUAUUAUUUCAAUUUGGGUUUGCAGUAUUAUCACCAGACCUGUUGGAAUCCUAUGAUGUAUGUACAGCCGGUGCCACCGUCCCCACACAUGGAAGCUUACCAGACAUACACAGAGCCUGUCCCUGUCAUGGACCAUUCGAUGGUGCCCGCAUACCCUGAAACUGGGAGGAGCGACAUGCGCCAGAUUCCAGCGGAUCCCUCGGCAAAUGACCCACCGCCUCCCCACGGUACAGUUUAUUAUCCAGUGGUCACGGAUCCGUACAACCAUCCGCCUCCACCUGGUUUUGACACUUGCAUCCCCUUAGCUCCUGCCUACCACUGCGUCAGCCCCUGGUAUCCAGUGAAUCUACCCUAUGGGAAUUCUUCACGAAUCCAUAAUGCCGUGAAUCCAGGCCACUUUCAUCAAAUCAGCUAUGUUGCCUCGUCAAAUCCUGCGCCACAUUAUGUAGCUCAAAGUAUGUAG